AUGGCCUUCCUGUCCUCUGUGGAUGGCUGUGGAAUUCCUGAGGAAUGCAACAUCUGCUAUGAGUCCUACCAAGAGGUUUCCACCAGGCGGGUACCGAAGCUUCUCUGGUGCUUCCACACCAUCUGCCUCGCCUGUCUCAGGAAACUGGUUUGCCAGAGCAAAGUGGUCUCCUUCGUGGUCUGCCCUUUCUGCCGGAUGGUGACCCUCGUGCCCCAAGGAGGCCUCCAGGCCUUGAGGAACAACGAAGCCCUCCUACGAGAGAUAGGACCACCACGAGCGGAGGUGUCCCAGGCCACCUCUGAAGAUGGUUUGGAAGAAGACAAAGAUUCCACAAGAGGAUCCAACUGGUCCUUUGGCGACGUGGCCCUGUCUCUGGAGUACACCUAUAGGCCUACUUCGUCCAUCUUCACGGUCAGCAACACCGUUCCUGCGUUUCCCAUGGGGUUCCACGCGGGGAUAUGGAGCGGGCUCCAUCUGCAGGAGAUGCAAAAUGCCGUGGUGAUCGAGAUGCCUCCGAGGGCAUUUUCGGCUCCUGCCUCUGUGGAGAACCUGCGCAUUUGCAUCGCGGUGACUCUGAUCCUUCUUGUGGUCUCCAUCUUCUUCAUGCUGGUCUUUUCUUGA